UUUACUCAAAACCAAGGAAACAUAAGUUGUUCAAAAAGAAUGAACUGUACUUCAUCCAGAGAGGACGCGCACUGAGCAAAUAAUGGUUAAUUCCUUAGAAUGGAAGAUAAAACUUGGAGUAAAUAUCAUUACAUUUGUGGUAGGACUUCUCGGAAACUUCAGUGUUCUGUGGAUUCUAAGAAAGCAUAAAAGUAAGCCACCAAGACCACCGUAUGAGUACUUUAUUGCUAAUCUUUGUGUGGCUGACAUGGUAUUUGGUGUCACUCUGGUCAUGGAGGAAUACUUAAAAAUCCCUCGUUCUUCUUUCGUGUGUAAAGCAAUCAUWCCAAUUGUSUCUGUAACAUUUCAAGUUGGCAUGCAUACGGUUGUUGCUAUUGCAGUAUUUCGAUUUAAGGCAAUUCUAAGUCCGUUUAAGUAUCGGCCGUCUGGUGUGAUUAUYUUUGGUACCAUCGCAGGUUUAUGGAUUUUUGCWCAUUGUUCCUUYAUUCCYUUUUAUUUUGUGUUGUAUUUUGACCAUAAAACAGGUUCAUGCGGUGAAAAAUGGCCUGCUCAAGUUUUAAACAAAGUAUAUACUAUAUCUCUUUUUGUUAUUCAGUACUUCAUUCCCCUGGCAAUAAUYACUUAUUGCUACACAAAGAUUGUUAUGUUUCUGAAGAAGCACAUCGUUCCCUAUAGUGGGAAAGGAAAUCAUUUACAACUCGCAAGAAAAAGAAAACAAGACAGACUAGUCAUGAAAAUGUCCGUUAUCAUUGUAKUAUUGUACACUUUGUUAACACUACCGACUCAAAUCGCCUGGAUUAGCUGGAUUGUGUUUGAGAAUGAAUCCAUCAAAAACGUCAUCUUUAUGUUCUCAAACGAACUUGUUCUCGCGCACGCUUGCUGUAAUCCAAUCGUGUACGGAAUGAUUUCAAAGGAUUUUAGAAAACAGCUUAUAGCGAACUGUAAAGCACUCAUAGUAUGCCGCUGCUGUAGAAAAAACAGAGUGAUGGUCAUCGACAGUCAUAAAGAAACCGUAAACGACGUGACAAGUUAGAAAGGUUUUCAGUUGUGAUAAAUAAGCCAAGGACGGAAGGAAAACUUCCCGAUUCUUCUUCGUUCAUCUAGCGGCUCACUUCAGAUCCCCGCUUACUUCCAUGAAAUGAAAACAGGGUUUUACAGAUUCUGGACAGACCGAUAGACCUCGCAAAAGAACUUGACCAAAAAAACCGAACGCGCUAAAAUAAGUUACAAUGAAAAAUGUACCUAACAGAUAAUUUUUUCUGUCAGACAAAUUGAAGCACCGAAAAGUAAAUUUAGUUAGCUCAGCAAGUCUGAAUCAUAGCUAGUUGCCAUUUUCUUUUUCUCUUUACGAGGUGAUAUUCUAGUUCUUUUCUCUAUAUUUUAUUCAGGAAUAGUGAUGUURAUUAUUUUAGAAAGAAAAUUAAUGAUAGUAUGAUGUCAGUCGUGCCUGUAAACACCUGUCGACUAACCAAACAUGAAUGAACAAACAUGUCAAGAUCGUUGUCUUUGAAUUGAAAGUUGAAACAUCCUUUUAUUGAAAACAUUAAAAGCGUUUUGAAGUACUCAACUUAAUCCRCCUCCAUUUAACAUGAUUGA